AUGGACUUUACCUAUCCCAAGUUCAAUCAAAUCAAACCACAGGACAUCGCCACAGCCCACCUCCGCGCCGCGACCGUCCCACAAGCCUCAAAUGGGCGCUUCAUCGUCUCCCAAGGCCAGAUCGGCAGCCAGCAGAUCUCGGCUCUCCUCCGCCAUAAUCUACCGGCGCUGGCCAGCCGCACCCCGGAGGGCACCCCCAGCACGAGCUCUUUGCCCGCAAACGCGUAUGGCGCGGACAGCUCGCCCGCGGAGCAGGUCCUCGGGGUCGAAUUACGGAGCACGGCGGACACGUUUGCGGAGUUUGGGGAAAUGGUUGGUGGCGGUUGGGGCACGGCGGUCUCGAGGGCUGGAGGCGGUGGUGAUUAUGUUCGCGGUAUUCGUACAAUCUGCAUCACAAGCUCCAGGUUCAAAAAAGGAAGCUCAGACAUCAGCGCUGGCAUUGCCUUCAAAUACAACGUCAAAAGCGGCAGGAUAAACCAAGCUCUUACCACUAGAGAUUUGGAUUUACCUAAAUCCGUAGAAGGGGGAACUGUGCUUGUUGGCAUUGAUGUGACACAUCAGGCUCCUGGCAGUAUGGACGGCGUCCCAAGUAUCGCUAGUGUUGUGGCAAGUAUCGAUUCGAAAGAAAUAAUCGUCUACCGCGAUGGGGUAUUUGAAGGCCAGUCUGAUGAUGUUUUGAAAACAGAGCUCAAGGGAGUACAGAACGCAUGCGGAGAUCUCGACAAUCCUGAAGACAUGCCCAAGAUCGCUAUCAUCAUAGUGGGCAAGCGUCAUCAUACCCGGUUCCAUCCCGCAACAAAAGGCAAAGCCGACAUCGUGAGCAACUGGACCCCUCCGAACGGUACGGCCAUCGACAGAGGAAUCACAAUGGAGCGUCUUUGGGGUUUCUAA